GCUAUUUUUCUUCGUGCUCUCACUUCAAGGUGGAUUCUAGUUAAUCCUCCUUUUUUUUUCUUAAAUUCCCAAUUUAACCCUAUCCCUAGGGUUUGUUCCAUUCCCAAUUUCAAUGGCAGAAGUUGAAUACCGAUGCUUUGUUGGUGGACUUGCCUGGGCCACUGACAGUGUCGCUCUCGAGAAAGCCUUUUCAACGUUUGGCGAAAUCGUCGAAUCGAAGGUUAUUACCGAUCGUGAAACUGGAAGAUCGAGAGGAUUUGGAUUUGUCACGUUCGCGUCUGAGCAAUCGAUGAAAGAUGCGAUUGAAGGGAUGAACGGUCAGGAUCUUGAUGGACGUAACAUCACUGUGAACGAGGCUCAAAACCGUGGAAGUGGAGGCGGUGGUGGAGGAGGUGGAUACCGUGGUGGCGGUGGUGGAGGUUAUAGUGGUGGUGGUGGAGGUUAUAGUGGAGGAGGCGGUGGAGGUUACAACCGUGGUGGAGGAGGUGGAGGUUAUGGUGGUCGUCGUGAAGGAGGAGGAGGUGGAUAUGGUGGAGGAGGAGGUGGAUAUGGUGGUGGAGGUGGAGGAUAUGGUGGUGGCCGUCGUGAAGGAGGAGGAGGUGGUGGUGGUUAUGGAGAUGGUGGUUCCAGAUACUCAAGAGGUGGUGGUGGUGGUGGUUCUGAUGGUGGAAACUGGAGGAGUUAGUUGAUUUAGUAUUUUAGUUAUUUAAAUUGAAUGAUCUUGUUCUGAAUUAUGUGUUGUGACUUUGAUUGAAAUGUUCUUUGUGGUUCUAGUAUCUGUUAUGUUUUGUCAUGUGGUUGUGGUUUUUGACCUCUGAAGUUGUGUACUGAUAUAAACAGUUCAUCAAAGAAUAGUCAGAAACAGUUUAGUUUACUA